AUGCCUCGAUUCCUCGCCUCCACUCUCUUCUCCCUCUCCUUCUUCAUAGCAACCAUCCAUGCAGCCGCCGCACCAAUCCCCUUGGCCAGAAUCGAGAUGAAAACUUCCACGGAUCUAUGCUGCACCUCGAGAGGCACCUGGAGCUCCUUUCAGGACGAUCGCCAGGGCACAACUUUCUGGGCAUUCCAAACAUGCGCAAAGAUCUGCUGUGGCAAUGGCGAACAAGGUCCCGUCCCAGGUGCAACUGGAAGAAAGAUCCCGUAUCCUCCGAAUUGGUGCGAGGCCGGCCUGGGAUAUGUCCUCUGCUGCACGCCUGCGUUAGAGCAUGGCGGAUGCCGACUCAACGGCGCGCAGACGCAUUAUCUGCAGGUCAAUAGCAUGGAUAUAUCUCAGGAUAAAAAUACGUGUUUGCAGACGGGCGUGGGCGGAUGGAAAUAUUGUGCCAAGCAAGGUACGACUUGGUAA